AUGCAUGUCGGAACCACAGCAGGCGCCUGGGUAGCACAACGUGCCGUCUUCGCAAAACAAAACCAUCUCACCGAUACCACCCUACAAGCCGUGCCGGCGGAUAAUGACGGGGACAUGCGCAGCAACAACGUCCUUCUCAUAGAAGAGGCCCCUCGUGUUCGCGUCUGA